GCCACCGCGUACUGAUAAUGGAACCCUGGUCAUAUGUAGUCAGUUGAGUUGGCAAGCUUGGCUUCUGCUUUACGCGUAUUACCACUAAGCCUAUCGGGCGGAAUCAGUGAUCAGUUAACAGAAUGUGUUCAGUUUCAAUUUCACGUUGAACAAACCUAGGUGUUUUGUUUUGAUGACAAUCUGCCUUCUAACCAUCUAAAUUCUUUUGUUCAUAAAAGACUGAAUGCGAUAGAAAUUUUAAGUUUUUAGCUGGACGAAAUGUGCGCUUAAUAUAAUGUUAGUAUGACCUGUGGAACAUUCGAAUAUCAUAUUGGAAAAUAUUUCGCCGUAAGGAGAGCACCUGUGGGAAUAUGUUAUCAUCCAUAUCAAUUAACAGGCUUAAUUAACGUCAAUACUUGAUAUGGUCCUUAGUUGAGUAAUGACGGAUAUAUAGGUAAGAACAUUUUUAAGUAUCUUUGGAUAUUUUUUUCUCAUGUUUCUUGGCAUAAAUACCAUAUUUUUGCAGUAAACAGAAUGUGUAUAUCGUGUAGAUUUGAAGCAUCGGUAAAUAUUAUGAAUCUUUAAACAUGAACCCAGACAAGUCUUACUUAUCUACUUAUUAGUUCAUGGCAUAUUGGCUAGCAGGAUAGACAUCCCGAAGAUCUAACUUCAUUGCAUGGUCUUCCUCGUUCAGAACUCAAGACCCGAGGCUAUGAAUAUAGUAUUUAUUUAUAUGAUUUACUUCAAGCUUUUUGUCUACUAGCUGGUAAAUAUACCAAUAAUGUUUUUUAAUUUUUUUUAAAUCUUGUUACAAAAAGGAGUAUUGAUUUACGAAUCUCGUGGCUAUUGUGAAAUUUGUUUUCGCUCAGUUCAUAAACGUUAAAAAUUGGCAUUUCAACAUCAUGGGUGUAUAGUCGUUAGAAAAAAUUAUAUAUAAGAGAUAUUGUUAACUACGCGGUCUUUAUGUCUCCUGAUUUUUAGACAAUGCAACCAAUUACAAACGCCUAAGAAAAUAAUGUCGACAGAUUUCGCAAUCAUAUUAUUGACAAUAGGUAGAAUAAAACCUUUUAGGUGCAUUCUUUUGAUUUUGGGGUUGUUUUUGUAUCCUCGAAUUUACGAUGCUGAAAUUAAAUAAAGUUUUAUUAUUAUUAUUAUUAAAUAGCUUUUUUUUUUAUCUUGUCAUGUUCUUCCAGUCAUUAAACUUAAUAGGUGUUUUAUCUUGUCAUGUUCUUCCAGUCAUUAGGCUUAAUCUUGACUAUGUUUAUGUUUUCAAAUGUGAUUUGUGAAUGGUACUUGAACGUUUUAAAACUCUCUAGACAGAGCAGACGUAAUUAUGUAUUAUAUAUGUUUAUGGAUUUCGCAACAGCAAUAAAAUAGUUGUUUGUAGGGCAUCUAUUGCUGAAGAAAGGACAGCAUUGAAAUAAUACAAAAUAUUAUGGAUAUCAAUCACUAGCAACUUUAAUAGUGCAACGUUUCGACCAUAGUCCACAAGUAUUCCCUUAUUAUCAAGCACAAGCUGACAAAAAGUGUAUAAAUCUAUGAUCAUAUAGUAAACACUUUAGAAGCCUCAAGGCAUGGACAAUGGCUGAAUAUACACACUUGUUUCUACAAAUAUUGCUUGUGUGUAGAACUGUAUCUGAUAUUAUGGCAAGAUCAACACAAAAAUAUCUACUACCAGGAACGGCGUGUAAUAGAUUAUAUUUAGAUUUAGAUGGUGCUGUUAUAGAGGGUAAUGGAGAUAUAGCGUAUUAUGAGGAUUGUGAGAUCAAACUUGGGUGUCGUACUGGUGAAAAAUGGAUGUUUCAUGUAGAGGAUAUGUCUCUGAUGAGCUGUAAAGUUCAUAUAGAGGUAUUUUAUACUGAUGUUGGUAUAACUGGUCCACCACCAAUGCAUAAAUUUCUUUGUGCUGGUCCAGAUCCAGGAAUUGUAUACACCAAUACUUCCUUCUUCACAUUACGUCUUCAUCAUCAAAAUGAAACCGACUUCCGGUUUAAAAUUGUUCUCACAAGUCGUAAAUCAGAAUUACCAUGUGAAGAUUUUCUCUGUGAUAAUGGUAAUUGUAUAUCGCCUGAUUUAAACUGUGAUGGUAUUGAUAAUUGUUUUGAUUUUAGUGAAGAAUGGGAGAAUGGUACAGCAGCCUGUGUUGAAUAUUAUCCAUUCCCAGGAGAAAAUUUUGGUGUUUUAAUAUCCGUUGUAUGUGUGGGUUGUUUUGUUGGGUUUUCCGCUGCCUGUUGUCGGAUGUGGCGGCAAAGACGCCAUAAACUACAAGAAGAAGAUUUAUAUGAGAUAAAAAAUGGCCCGUAUGUUCAAAAAUACGCUUAUAGAUAUGCCUUUUUACGACCGCCUCAAAACUUUCGACGGGACAUUCAGAGAGGUGAAAGAUUUGCAAGGGAUGUGUCUUUACAGGGCGACGUGAGCGAGAUGCUUUGAUGAGUUCUUCCUCGUGUAAGUUGGUGUCAACAUCAAACCACAGACCAGUAUCUUGCCUUACCCACAACUACCUCAACCUACCACUGGUUUCGUCAGUCCUGAGGUGUUUUGUAGAGCUUGUGAUGGGAUGAAGAUUGAACGAAACUAAAUCUGUAUUUACAAUGCAUACAUUUAGAAGUAACGGCAGACGUAAGACUUACAUCCAUACGAAGUUUUUUGUCGGAUCACAUCCAGAUUAUAUGUUGUUGUUAUUCCAACAGCGGUUGGGAUAAAGGCUUAUACUAUCAAUAACAAUGUAAAAUCCCAAAAAAAAUUCUUUGAAAUCAGAACAAAUUGAAUAGCUGGUUUAAUUGUUUUGAACAAAUAGUACAGAAGUCUUGGAUCGUUGCUGGUAAUCUAUGAACAGCUGUAGUUAUCCAACAGUUUGCUAUUUCCUUUUGUAUUAUAUGAGAACGACCUUUGUAUGAAGGUUGAACGUUGUGUAGUUUCCAAUGAAAGAAGUUUGAAAUAAAGGUUGUUAUAUUUUUAGACUUCUUGGUAUAAGUUCUAAUAUUAAUGAUGUGAGCGAUGGAGCAUCGAAUGGAAAGGUCGAUUUAUCGGAUUUUGUCCGGUGUUCUUCCAAUCGUGUAACUUAAAAAAGCCGGUGAACUGUAUACAACGUUCAGGGUCGUUGUUGAAUUAACAAAGUUGAUCAUGCAGAACGAAUGAAUUAAUUGAGUUUCCGGAAACAAUCGUCCAGUUACAAUUUUUGCGUCUCCGGUCAUUCUUCGGUUAAUUGGCUAUUUCCAGCAUUAUUUCCGCAAGCUAUUGUGUGUUUGAACGUGUUCGGCCCUACAUAUUUGUAGAGGGCAAUACUACUACUUUAGCUCUUUUGAGUGCAUUUUCGUUUACUUUAAGGGGAAAAUUAACUAUAAUUAAUAAAGAAAUCGAUGGAUUUACAGACAUUUAUCAUGUUAAUCUUAUCGUCGCUUGAAGGCAUCCACCUUUGAUGAGCAUUACUCAUUUUCUUGUCGUAUAUAUUCAUUUAUAAAUAGGUAUAUUUAUAGUUCAUGACGCUCAUCAUAUUUAUAUAUAAACAUUCAUUAAAUCUGUAACAAUCAUCAUCAUUCCAGUAUAAAAUUUGUAUAUUUUGGAAACAAGAUAAUUAUGUCAUAUAUAUUAGCUUUAAGCAUUUAAUAUAUUAGAAUGCGAUUAUAAAUCAAAUUAUUAUUAGACGUGAUUAUUUUAUUGUGCUAUCCACGCGUUUUAUGUAUUUGUGAAGAAAGACGUUUCUAGAUAGCCUCUAAAAAUAUUACAAUUAAAAUUUAUAUUUCUAUGUGAUUGAUAUACAAAGAAAGGGCCGUUGAUAAGUUAUUUUCUCAACUGUCAAUUUAUUAGAAACACAAUGGUAUGUAUUUGUAUAAAAUAGAUUAAAAGACAUUCCUUUGGAUACAGUAGUCUGUUGUGACCAUUAUAUAAUCACGACUUCUCGCGGCUGUCAACGUCAGGAAUUUAAUAUACAUUGCUAAUGUCAUGCUGUAUUUUAGGCUUAUAAAUGUAGUUAUAUUUUGUAGUAUGCGUAAGUAUAAUUAUAUAUUUUGUAAUAAAAACAUAGACCAGUA